UUCUCAUUGUUGAAGUUGAAGGGGCAGAGUUCAAUCUCGGCCAAAGUUCAAAGGCGGCUCCUUUGAGGGAGAGCCUACCCAAAAUUUCUCCCAAAUUCCAAACCCUAAUCGCGUUCAAAACGUGCAAUUUGGAUUUCUUUCCCCUUUUUUUAACCCCAAUUUGGGUUCUGCUUCGUUGAUUGCUUCGUGGAAACCUUCUCCGCUUCUACCAAGUCACCUUUUGGUUGUACUGAUUCUGGGGUUUGCUUUUCUUGCUUUUCUAGGGUUCCUGGUUGGAUUUCCGUGUGAAAUCCGCUUGUUUGAUUGGGUUUUGCAAGGUAUCGUUUCUUUGUGCUCUGGGUUUUUGUUUGGGAAGCGGAUAGGAUAGGAAAGGUGAGGCCUUUGUUGUUUUUGGGCGCUGGAGAGGCUUUUGAUCUGGAAUUAGGGUUUCGGUGGUUCUCGGUGGAUUAGGGUUUUUUUGCUGAAGGAUCGAAGGGCUGUAGAAAAGGAGUUAUCUUUUUGACUUUGGAGACGACUUGGAGUGGGACUUUUGGUUUUAAUUCUUUCCUUUAUCGGUGAGGAAAUCGUUGUUCGAGUUGAUUUGGGACGGUUUUGAUCCUCUGUGCAUUGACGAAGGAUCGGAAUUUGUGCUUGUUUUUUUGCGGUUCUGGCUCCGCUUUUCGAGCAGAUUUGAUUUCUCUCUGAAAAAUUAUUAGAUUUUUUUUUCCCAGUGAGAAAUCUCUCAAUUUGAGGCUUUGAUUCGUAUGAGUUCAUCAAAGAUUGGAUUUUGGUCCUCUGGUUUUGCUCGUUAGGGUUCUCUCUCAGCCAAGAUGAGCUUGGGAUCCACCGUCACCGAGGAGUACAUCCCCACGCUCAUAGUACACCUCGCCGAGAACGGCCACAGCUUCGAAUUCCAAUGCGAUGAAUCAACCACUGUGGAACUGAUCCAAAGAUCCAUUAAUAAUCUUAAUGGAAUUCAAAUCAGUGACCAGAUCCUCUUCUCCAGCGAUGCUGUGCUUGAAACUCAUCAGACAUUGGGUUACUACAAGCUCCCUCGUGAUGAUUCUGAGGUGUUCUUGUUUAAAAGAUCAAGUCUUUUGCCGACGGCUCCUUGUCCGCCUGGUGAAACCAUUGAAGUGCCUGUAGCUAAGGUUCCUCCAGCUCCUUCGCCAGCGAAGAACCCACACCCUUUGGAUGAUGCCUCUGAUCCUGCUGUAAAGGCAUUGGCUUCAUAUGAGCGCAUGUUUAGACACCAUUUUCAGGUUGCCAAUGCCAUGUAUGGGUCUGCCCAGAACAAACUUGAGAUUUGCAAGAGGUUUUUGAGGGAGCAGCAGGUGCAGGAACGAGCGCUGGACACGGUCCGUGGAAAUCUUGCUCAAACUUUUAAGAAGUUGGAGGUGAGGUACACUGAGUUUUUCCGAUGCUAUUCUCAGCAGAACAGGUGCCAUUCGGAAGUAUUGGCUAAUUUGGGAAAGGACAUUGAGAGGUUGCGAACUGUGAAGCUUCAUCCUGUGAUUCAGACUUCGUCCAGGAAGUGCUUGUUGGAUUUCUUGAAGGGGGAUAAGUUGGAGGAAUCUUGUAAUGGAUGCAUGAAAUCACACAGGAAUUUUGAGGGCAAAGUUUCGGAAUCAAGGAUGGACCUUAUGGGAUUGGGGAGAAGUGUUGAUAGUGUUCUUGCUUGCAUGCGUUUCACUGGAAGCAAAGAUCUGGAGGUUGCUAUCAAAGAACAUGAGGAAAUUCUCAAUCAGCAAAACACUAUAAUGCAAACUUUGAGUAAAGACGUUACAGAGGUCAAGAAUCUUGCUGAUGAAUAUUUGAACUGCCAAGUAUCUGCUUCCCCUAGAUCACAUAUUGCAGUUUCAAAUCUAGGUCCAAAGUACAAUGCUCAUGAGACUGAUCUACUUCCCAAGGUGCGGAACUGUGAUCACGCCAUGUUGGAGCUCCUAGAUAAAUGCAAGAACAAGAAAAAUUACAUGAACAACCAAGUGCAUAUGUGCAUGCAAAAAGUUCAAUCUGUUCAAAGUACCAUUAAAUCGAUGAUAAAUAAGCUUCAUGUGUUCCAGGAGGCUAUGGGACAACAAGACAAAGACUUUGAAAAUCUAAAAUUUGUUAACGGACUAUACCAUGCCUACAGAGCUUGCCUUUCUGAGGUGGUGCGAAGAAAGUCUUCUUUGAAGUUGUACAUGGGCCAGGCUGGACAAUUGGCUGAAAGGCUGGCAAUGGAGAGGGAGGCAGAGAUAAAAAGACGUGAGGAAUUCUUGAAAUCUUGGGGAAAAUAUUUACCCCAAGAAACAAUUAUGGCAAUGGGUUUGUUUGGUUCUCCCAGCCCAUGCAAUGUCAAUAUAGCUCCUUAUGACACUAACUUGCUUGAAAUUGAUAUUGCUGAUGUUGACAGACUUGCACCAGUGAGUGCUGCAGGUUCCCUGUCUAAACAUGAGCGAAAUCCAUUACCAAAGGGCUCCUCAGCCGGAUCUAGUCAAAGCUCUAAUCUCUCAAAAUUUAGAGAAGUUCCUGUGGAUAACAAAGUGAAGAGUGACUCUGUGGAGUUUCUUGGUGAUUGUGAGUCGGUGGAUAUUGCUGGAACAAGCAAGAUGGAAGUUGAAAAUGCAUGGUUGAAGGCAGAACUUGCAACAGCAAUUGCCCUCAUCUGUUCUUAUGAUGCAGAAUAUGGAUAUAGCUCAAUAGAUGAUGUCAACCGAGAUGAUAUUCUGAAGUCUGUGAAUCAGAAGACGGCUGAAGCUCUUCAUUUGAAGGAUGAAUAUGGGAAGCAGCUUCAGGCAAUGCUGGAGUUGAAGCAAGCACAGUGCAUUUCAUAUGAAAAACGUAUUCAAGAGCUUGAGCAAAGACUGUCUGAUGAGUAUAUGCAAGGGCAAAAGCUUUCAGCUAGUAAAGAUGCCUCUGAAUGUAUCCUCUCAGCUUUAAAGACUGAUGGCCUUAAAUCUCAACUAUCUGGGGACGCUGAAAGUCACAUGCGUGAGGCAUCUACUGAACCUAUGGAAGAUGCUUCUUUUACAUCUGCGUCAUCAGAAGCAAAGCUUGAUCAGGUAACCGGACAGUCAGUGAAACCUAGAGAAGGCGGAGAUGAGAACAUGACAGAUUUGUCCAUAACAUCUAAUAUGCAGCCAGUUGAUUCUGCUCGCAAUUUCAUGGAUUCUUCGAUGAUGGAACCAUCACGUGAUGAACACCAAGUUGACUUGGAGAACAAUCAACUCUGUGAGGCAGACAGAGUGGAGAAAAUGAUGACAACCCAGUUGACUGUGAGCCAGACAAAUAAAUCUUCUGAUGAGGCCUCUUCUGGCAUGGUACCACAUGAAACUGGUGGUCAAACAGGUUCAGUGUCAAAAGCUAGUGAUGAAUUUGUUUUGGAACUACAAAAUACCCUCUCCAAGAUGUCAAAGCAAUGCAAUGAGACUGAAAGCAAACUUAAAGCAGCCAUGGAGGAGAUCAGCUCCCGCACAAGAGAAUUAGAGAUUAGCAAAAAUCUCCUUGAUGAAUCCCAGAUGAAUUGCGCACACUUGGAGAAUCGUUUACAUGAAGCAAGAGAAGAAGCACACACCCAUCUUUGUGCUGCUGAGCGAAGGGCUUCAGAAUAUAGUGCUUUACGGGCCACUGCUGUGAAAAUGCGUGGCCUAUUUGAAAGGUUCCGUGUCUGUGUUACUGCUUCAGUCCCAGUCGCUAGUUUUGCAGACUCAUUGCGAUCUUUAUCUCUCUCUUUGGCCAGUUCCGCUAAUGAUGAUGAAGACGACAACAAUGCCGAAUUCCGAGAAUGCAUUAGAGUUCUUGCUGACAAAGUCAGUAUAAUCAUGCAGAACCGUUCUGAGCUCCAUGACUGCUUUUCAAGGGCCGAGGCUGCACGGUCGCAUAUCUUAAAAGAAUUGGAUGAAAAGAAAGAGCUAGUACAAAAUCUCCGUGUAAAAUUACAAUUAGAAAGACAGGCGAACAAGGAAAAAAUAUCAUUCGGUCAUCUGGAACUCCAUGAACUCGCCGUGUUCGUGCUUAACUCUGCAGGUCAUUACGAAGCAAUCAACAGGAACCAUUCAAGCUACUUCCUCUCGCCGGAAUCCGUCGCUCUCUUCACUGAACACAAUCCCGCUAGACCGAAUUACAUAAUCGGGCAGGUUGUGCACAUCGAGAGACUGACUGUGAGACCCGCAGCAUCACCUCGGAUGGAACACGGUGAUCAAAUGGACAUGUCAAGCGCCGAAAGCAGCAACCGGUUAUCGCCGCGGUUCGCGUCAAACCCUUAUAAUCUUCCAAUUGGCUGUGAAUAUUAUCUAGUGACAGUAGCCAUGCUACCUGACACAAUUCAUUCAUCUCCUUAAAUCCUUCCUGAUCACUUCCAAUGGCUGAAAUGAAGGAAGAGAAAGCUUUAACUGUACAGAUAUAUUAAUGGAGUUUGGUGGGAGGGGUAUGUUUGUACAUAUGAUGAUUUAGUUUACUUUUUUUUCUUUUCUUAUGUAUAUAUAAAGUCUCAACUUCUCUGCUGUAAUUAGACUCUGAAUAUGCUCUGAAAUGCUCACUGAUGAUGGUUUUCAUUUGCCAAACUUAA